AGGCCAGGGAAGGAGAGCUGGAUGCUCAGAGACUGCUGACGAGUUAGUUCUAGGGAGGUCCCCCAAGACUUUGAGGAUGAAAGCGGUGGUGCUGGCUGUGGCUGUGCUCUUCCUGACCGGGAGCCAGGCUCGGCAUUUCUGGCAGCAAGAUGAGCCCCAAUCCCCAUGGGACCGAGUGAAGGAUUUCGCCACUGUGUACGUGGAUGCGGUCAAAGACAGCGGCAGAGAAUAUGUGUCCCAGUUUGAAACCUCCGCUCUGGGCAAACAGCUGAACCUUAACCUCCUGGAAAACUGGGACACCUUUGGCUCGACCUUCGGUCGUCUGCAGGAACAGCUGGGCCCAGUGACCCGGGAGUUCUGGGAUAGCCUGGAGAAAGACACUGAUUGGCUGAGGCAAGAGAUGAACAAGGACCUGGAGGAGGUAAAGCAGAAAGUGCAGCCCUAUCUGGACGAAUUCCAGAAGAAGUGGGAGGAGGAGGUGGAACGCUACCGCCCGAAGGUGGAGCCUCUGGGCGCCCAGCUGCGCGAAGGCGCGCGCCAGAAGCUGGAGGAGCUGCAGAAGCAGCUGGUCCCACUGGGGGAGGACCUUCGUGACCGCGCACGCUUGCACGUGGACGCGCUGCGCACAAAGCUGGCGCCCUACAGCGACCAGAUGCGCGACCGUCUGGCCGAACGCCUCACCGCUCUCAGGGACAACCCCAAGCUGGCCGAGUACCACGCCAGGGCCACCGAGCAUCUGAAGAAACUUGGCGAGAAGACCAAGCCCACGCUGGAGGACCUGCGCCAGGGCCUGAUGCCCUGGCUGGAGUCCCUCAAGGCCAAAGCCUUGAGUGUCUUGGAUGAGGCCACCCAGAAGCUGAACACUCAGUGAGGCGCCCGCCGCUGCUCCCCUCCCCUGAGUUGCCUUUCUUACAAUAAACUUUUCCAAAGUGGGA